UAGCCCAGCCCCAUCCGUGGCCGGCGAUGGCGGCGGUGCUGUCCCCGCGGGUGUGCGACAGCGACCCAGCCACGCCCGGAGCCCAGUCUUUAAAGGAUGACAUAGAAGAAAAUUCAAAUGAUGGCAGCCAACCAUCUAAAAGGCGCCGCAUGGGCUCAGGAGACAGCUCACGAAGUUGUGAGACUUCAAGUCAAGAUCUUAGUUUUAGUUAUUUUCCAGCUGAAAACCUGAUAGAAUACAAAUGGCCACCCGAUGAAACAGGAGAAUAUUAUAUGCUUCAAGAACAAGUUAGUGAAUACUUGGGGGUAACCUCCUUUAAGCGAAAAUAUCCAGAUUUAGAAAGACGAGAUCUUUCUCACAAAGAGAAACUUUACCUCAGAGAAUUAAAUGUCAUUACGGAAACACAGUGUACUUUAGGUCUAACUGCCUUGCGCAGUGAUGAAGUAAUUGAUCUGAUGAUUAAAGAAUACCCUGCCAAACAUGCAGAGUACUCGGUUAUACUUCAAGAGAAAGAACGUCAACGAAUAACUGACCACUAUAAAGAGUAUUCUCAAUUGCAGCAGCAGAAUACUCAAAAAGUUGAAGCAAGUAAAGUUCCAGAAUAUAUUAAGAAAGCUGCCAAGAAAGCUGCAGAAUUCAACAGCAACUUAAACCGUGAACGAAUGGAAGAAAGACGGGCCUAUUUUGAUUUACAAACACAUAUUAUCCAGGUGCCUCAAGGAAAAUAUAAAAUCUUACCUACAGAAAGGACAAAAGUUAGCCCUUAUCCAGUGUCUCUCAUACCAGGCCAGUUUCAGGAGUACUAUAAAAGAUACUCUCCUGAUGAACUUCGAUAUUUGCCACUAAAUACAGCUCUUUAUGAGCCCCCCUUAGACCCAGAUCUGCCUGCGCUGGAUAGUGAUGGAGAUUCAGAUGAUGUAGAAGAGCGAGCAGAUGAAAAGCGGAAAAUCAAAGGCAAUUCGGUAAACCAAAAUGACAACUCAUCUGGCAAUGUGUCUGAAGGUGAAUGCACAGCAGAAAACCAGGAAGAACCUUUGCAGGGAAAACAAAAAACAAGAGAGAGAAAUUCUACUCCAAGAAAAGAGGGUUCCAAACGAUCUGUAUCCAAAUCGGUUCCUGGGUACAAGCCAAAGGUCAUUCCAAAUGCUAUAUGUGGAAUUUGUCUGAAGGGUAAGGAGUCCAACAAGAAAGGGAAGUCUGAAGCACUUAUACACUGCUCCCAAUGUGAAAACAGUGGACAUCCUUCCUGUUUGGAUAUGUCUGCAGAGCUUGUUGCAAUAAUUAAGACCUAUCCUUGGCAAUGUAUGGAGUGUAAAACAUGCAUUAUAUGCGGGCAGCCUCACCAUGAGGAAGAAAUGAUGUUUUGUGAUGUGUGUGAUCGUGGCUAUCAUACAUUUUGUGUGGGGCUUGGUGCUAUCCCUUCAGGUCGCUGGAUUUGUGACUGUUGUGAAAGACAACCCCCAAUUCCCAGGGGCAGAGGAAGAAGAGGGAAGAACAGCAAAGAAGGAUAACUGCAUAUUAACUUCAUAAAAACUAGUGCUAAACUUGGUGCUACUCUAUUUACCACUGUACAAGGAAAAACACCACUCAAAAACAGUUUCACCAAAUAAAACUCUUUUUAAUUUUAACAUGGUGAGGAAGGUUAUUCAGUAUCUUUUGUUGCAUUAAAGACAGAGGUGAACAUAUCUGUAUUCUGUACUUUUAUAAUUUGUUUUAUAGAUUCUGUUCUGCAUAAUAAUCAUUUUUAUAGAAAACCGCAGAGUAAUUACUUUUGUCCUCCAUCCUAUUCAAAGGAAAAUAUUGAUUUAUUAUUAAAUUCAAGAGUAUUAGUAGAGUAACAGUUUCUCUAAAUCACAAAAUAAAACACUUCACUAAGUAUACAAGUUUCUUGCAUAAUCAAUUAGCAUCUUAUUUGUUUGAAUAUGAUGCUAUUAUUGUGAAAUUAAAGUGUAUUGUAGGAACCAAGCUUAAUUUAAGUCAAGUGGACUCUUGAAUAAUUCUCAUUUCUUUCCAUCUACAAGGAAUCUCUGGCCAUUCCAGCUGUCUAGAUAGCUAUCACACACUUUAGAACAAAAACACAGAAGCUAUCGUUCUACUAAUUUCUUAUUGAUACUCUUGUUUCAUUUCUUCUGUAUGCUAAGGCCAGAAAAUGAGUAAGAAAUGCAUGCCAAAAUCUUAAGAGAG